AUGCCGAAUUCUACUGCUCGUCCGGCUAGCAACCAAUCGUGGUUGCCAUGAGAAAACAACUUCCUUCACAGUAUCGUGGAAGACCGUCAGAGGAGAACGUAAAUUUUCCGCACGCUUCCAAAGUUUUAAGUUUUUUUUAAUGAGUGAUUAGUGGAUUCUUUUUUUCGGUCAAAAACUCCGACCAAAGUGCCUCGCCGAAAAGUUACCAAGUGUGGAUUCGUUCGUAGAAAAGUGAAUCUGUGCGUGAAAUUCAGUGCCUAGUGAGUUUGAGAAGAAAGUAUUUUUGUUAGAGGCUUUUACUUCGAUUUUGAACUAAAACGUUAGUCGGUAAAAUGGCGUCAUCCAGUUCGUCAAGUUUGAAUCCAUCGAACCAGCAGCAGCAAACUCGUCAGCGGAGUCCUUACACUAAGGUAAACGGCGUCGAGAUAGAUUUUGCACCGUUUGAAAAGCUGUACCGUUCUCUCGGGCAGGUUCGUCAGGAAUCGAAGCUUAACGUUGCGGCUCCACCGUUUGUGUAUUCGGCUCGUGGCUCCAGUUCGACUGGUGCCCUACGCAGUGGCGAAAGCAUGCCCGAAAUUGGUUACUUCGGUCCAACUCAACUUCCGGUGAACAAGCGUAUCUGGAGCAGCAUCUCAAGCUAUCCUCUGGAACAGAAGGCUGUCAUUCGCAGUACGACUCCAAGUCAACUGUUCCAGUACUACCAAAAUCAACAACAACAUCAACGCCCAUAUCCUGCAGUACCUCAUGCUGCCUACGAGCCAAUACCUCAGUUUGGUCCGUUGGUGCUGCCGAACGGGAUCAUUCAGCUGCGCCUACGGGAUGCCGUCGUAAUCGAAAUGACCGUAGAUCGUUCCAUCAAACUGAUGAACAAUCAGGAACGGGUCACGAUUGCACUGUCCAGUACGGGAACGUCAUCGGCGCUGAACCACCCAAAUGGAAUCGUGUUCCAAAAUGGCUCCCGCGUUGAUAUCGCGGCGUACGACGGACGGCGCAAAAACUGCUACAUCCGCUACGCGAAAAUGUGGCAGAAGGGCAUCAGCUUGACCAGCGAAGGGUGCGCCCUCAUCUAUCUGGUCGAUGCAGCGGGUACGCGAACCACCUCGGACAUGAUCAACAUCGAUUUGAAUGCCGACUACAUCAACCCGGUGUUCUACAACGGGACUCGUUUCGGAGCCCAAUUCUACCAGGAGGCUAAUCAGAUUGCUCAAAGUGCCAACUUUUGGCUGAAUGAUGACGGGACGGAGAUUUUUCAAGUGAAUGGAUUUCGCAUCCAGCAGACCGUGGAUGGUUUGGUGAAAGUUGCCCGGAUGAACAACCGGUGCAACGUCCGGACGAGUCCCACUAACGGAUCGGCUACCAUCACCACGCCGUAUAUUCAUUGCACUGCUUCGAUGGGACAAACUUCGCAUCUAUUCGUACGUCGCGAGGAGCGCCGUAUGCACUUUGACGGGACCUCGUUCGUCGUUCGCAACGCGGGCCAUUCUGCUGGAUUCGAUGAUUGGAAUCGUCUUCGGGUGUACUAACUGCAGGAUUUAAAGUUUCACUCGCGGCUUCGCAGCUAGUCCCGGGGAAAAGCACUAUCCCGUGACGAUCUCGACCCGUAUAUUUCAAAUUAUAAUGAAGAUAGCUGUAGUCGGAAGGUUGUAUAUGUAUUUCACUGACUAGCACGCGCUCCAUCCGAGCUAGCAUGUUGAUCUAUGUCGGUGUAUUUAUUUCAUUUUGCUCGUAUACUUCGCCUGGAAUGUGCACAAUCCAUCUUGCCUUCGUCCGAGACUGUCUCAGGUCGUUCUACCAUGAGGAUGAGGAGCCCGGUCGGGACUUCCCGGAUAUGAGCUCUUGUGUGCAUAUUGCUUGUAGCGGAAGAGAUGUAAAUUGUAUUAAAUUAAACCUAAAUUUGCAUAUGUCGUAAAUAAAAGGAAUAACAAGACACUGUUUGAGGUAUGUCCAUAGACAAUGUUUUGAGUAUGCAUUAAUGGUGUCUAUUGCCAACAUACUUACUGUCCUGACUAGAUAGCUGACGGCGAUGUCUCAUAGUGAAAAGCAUAUGUCGAAGUUGUUACUUAUCCCAGAACCAAGUUAUGAUUCAAUUAUUAUAAUAAUGAGAAUAAAAACAAUGCACAGUGGUCCAAAAUUUAGCAGGAAUUUUAACUUUUUGCUGAAACUAAAUAACUUAGCAUUACAAGAUGUUUAGGAAAGUUGUUGUGCUUUA